CGCACGGAGAAGACCGUGCGGAAUAAAGUCAAAACUCCAGUCGUUUUGUAUGCGGACAGCGAAGAUACAAAAAACUUCAUCCGAGAAGUUCCCAUUAUGGACCUACAUUAGCUAGUACUCGCGUUUAUUCAGGGCAUUUUACAGUUCUGCCAUAUUUCAGUGCCGAUGGUUAUAUAAAUGCAGUGACGAAGAAAACGGAGCUUUAAGUACAGCACGUUAAACGACAGAGGAAUUAGUAUUUUGUCGGGCUAAUAACGUUAGUGUGGCCAGAGGCGGUUUGCUUUUGAUACGUUAACGGUAGCUGUUGUAACGGAUCCCCAGCGAAGGGGUACAACAACUUCUACCCCACAGUGGACGGCUUUUUGAAGAAGGGUAUCUUUAGUCUUACGCGCCCUUGGCUUGCUGCUGCUAAAGUUGGCCGGCGGUAAGGUGCAGCCACGCCGGGGGGAAAGCACAGAGCGACGGCCGCUAUUCUCCGGCUAGCUCGCCUGCUGCUUCUGUUUGUUGGAUCGAGGCCUUGUCGGUGAGGCGACAAUGCUUGACAUAAUGUCUGAGCACCAAGAUUCACUGUUGACGUGCAAAACGGAACCUCUGCCCCCAGAGAGGAAAAAGAGGACUGUUGAGGACUUCAACAAGUUCUGCAGCUUUGUCCUGGCAUAUGCUGGUUACAUCCCGAGUCCAAAAGAGGAGAGCUCAUGGUCCCCGACAUCAUCCAGCUCUGCACACAGUUCAGGGUUGUCAGCAGACGGAGGUGGUGGAGGCAGCAGCAGCUCCAUGGGCAAUACUUGGGCAGAUGGAAGCUCCGACAUCCACACCAUCCAUACAUUUGUCCGUAAAGCUCGAGCAAAUAAGGGCAAAAAUAUUCGCCGCAUGCACUCUGAUAGCACUCUGCUGGACAAGAUGCGCCUUAAAGACUCCCUGUAUGAGAGCCAGGCCAGCACUAAGGCAGAGCGCAAGAAGGACAAAAAACUGAAAAAGCUGUCACUGGGUUCUGCCAUGACGGCAGCAGAUAGUGGCAGUAGUGAAGGUGAGAAAAGAGCACGAAUCAAACGCAGCAAAAACUCAAAACAGCCAAAAGCGAAGAAGCUCAAGAGUUCAGCUGCUCAAAGUGAGACAGACUCAGAAGCACGGCACACGCAUACAGAGGUACGACCCAUCAGAGAGGAGCUGACAGUGCAUGGGAGCUCCACCCCGAGCAUGCAGGGCCUGGGAAAGAUGCAGCCUGACGAGUCCAUCAGGGAAGCAGAGAUGAGCUCCAGUGAGGGUGAGACUUGGAUCGCAGAUGAAGACAUCAUGGUGGAGUCAGGAGACGAUUCAUGGGACUUGAUCACCUGUUACUGUGGGAAGCCAUUCGCAGGACGGCCAAUGAUCGAGUGCAACCAGUGUGGCAUAUGGGUGCACUUGUCAUGCGCAAAGAUCAAGAAGUCCAACGUUCCCGACAUCUUUUACUGCCACAAGUGCAGGGACUUGCGGCGGUCAGGACACAAAAAAGACACCUAGAGAUGAAGAGGAUGGGAGGGACGAGGAGCACCCUCCCUGUUUUUGCUGUCCUCUGACACUUAUUUUCUUUGAUGCCUACAGCCAAAACAGCCUAAAUUAUCACCUGGAUGGCAACUGUAUUGUCGGUUUGUAGGAUUUCUUUUGACAAUCACAACCAUUCUUAUUUAU